GACGUGUCUUUUCAGCGGCUGCAAUUUACUGAAACUAGCAAGCUUCGGUCUUAGUCUUUCAAGGAAGAGACAGGGAACAGAGGGCCUACUGGGAAGGGGGAUUGACGAGGAGUUAUUAGUGAUUAUUCGCCACCAUGGGCAUAAAAUUUCUUGAAGUCAUCAAACCAUUCUGUGCUAUCUUGCCUGAAAUCCAGAAGCCAGAACGAAAGAUUCAGUUUAGGGAAAAAGUACUAUGGACUGCAAUCACACUUUUUAUAUUUUUGGUCUGCUGCCAAAUUCCUCUCUUUGGUAUCAUGUCCUCAGAUUCAGCAGAUCCGUUUUACUGGAUGAGGGUUAUCCUCGCUUCAAACAGGGGAACUCUUAUGGAGCUGGGGAUUUCUCCAAUUGUUACUUCUGGACUUAUCAUGCAGCUGUUAGCUGGUGCAAAAAUCAUUGAAGUUGGUGACACCCCAAAAGAUAGAGCCCUUUUCAAUGGAGCACAGAAAUUAUUUGGUAUGAUCAUCACAAUUGGACAGGCUAUUGUAUAUGUCAUGACGGGAAUGUAUGGAGAUCCUUCAGAAAUGGGAGCUGGAAUUUGCCUUCUCAUCACUAUUCAGGUACCGAGUUUGAAGGAGCCAUCAUUGCCCUGUUCCACCUGUUGGCCACUCGCACUGACAAAGUCCGUGCACUACGUGAAGCCUUUUACCGCCAGAAUCUGCCCAACCUCAUGAACCUUAUUGCAACUGUUUUUGUCUUUGCCAUAGUCAUCUACUUCCAGGGAUUCAGAGUAGACCUGCCAAUCAAAUCUGCCCGUUACCGUGGCCAGUACAAUACGUAUCCUAUUAAGCUUUUCUACACCUCGAACAUUCCCAUCAUUCUGCAGUCUGCCUUGGUGUCUAACUUGUAUGUUAUCUCACAGAUGCUUUCAACUCGCUUUAGUGGAAAUUUCUUGGUGAAUCUGCUUGGCACCUGGUCUGACUCUACAGGAGGAGGACCUGCUCGUGCAUACCCAGUUGGUGGAGUCUGUUAUUACUUGUCUCCUCCAGAGUCUUUUAGUUCUAUCCUUGAUGAUCCUGUCCAUGUAGUUGUUUAUAUAGUCUUCAUGUUGGGUUCUUGCGCUUUCUUUUCCAAGACCUGGAUUGAGGUUUCAGGCUCUUCAGCCAAAGAUGUUGCAAAGCAGCUUAAAGAACAGCAGAUGGUUAUGCGAGGUCACCGAGAUACAUCCAUGGUUCAUGAACUCAACAGGUACAUUCCAACUGCAGCUGCUUUUGGUGGACUUUGUAUAGGUGCCCUCUCUGUACUGGCUGAUUUCCUUGGAGCCAUUGGUUCUGGAACAGGAAUUUUGUUGGCCGUCACAAUUAUCUACCAGUAUUUUGAGAUCUUUGUUAAGGAACAGAGUGAAAUGGGAGGCAUGGGAGGGCUGCUUUUCUAAUUAAAAGUGCUACCCCCUAUUGUUACUGCUCCAUUUAUUUUGGUGGACCACUGACAUAAAUAUGUUGUCAAAGCAGGACAAGGACAGCACAUUGCAAAUGACUUUAUUGGACAAGAAUUUUUUGUGUUAUCUCAAUAACAAAAAUUUUGUGCACAGCUGUUCCCUUUUUAUACAACUUGUAUGUACAACUGUUUUAUUUUGUAAAUUUCAGAAAAUACAUAAUUUUCCUCCUAAAGAA